GAACACGCCCUCCGGUUUCUCUCAUCCCAUAUCAUCAACAACCACGUUCCUCCUCUGUAUUCAGUGGGGAGACAUGAGAGUGGCCGGCUGGCACGGUCUAGGACAGUGAAAAUUCCACAACGAGACGUUUCGAAGGAGCAGGCAGCAAGAUCUGCAUUCUCAAGUUGAAAGCGCAUGUUUCGGUUCUGGGUCGCAAACCUACAGCCAACACAUACAAGGAUAUCCUAUCCAAGGAGCUACCUUGUGAAGGCUGGGGGUACGGGACGAGCUACACAGAUGGGAAAGACAGGAGAAGAGACAGGGGCCGAUGGUAGCAUGGUGUCUAUCGCUGACUACUACGCAGGCAAGAAUGUGCUGAUCACUGGCGCCACGGGCUUCAUGGGCAAGGUGCUGGUGGAGAAACUGCUGCGGUCCUGUCCAGAGGUCCAAACCCUCUACCUCCUGGUCAGACCCAAGGCUGGACAGUCCAUGCAGGAACGGGUCAGUGAUAUGAUGAAGUGCAAGCUGUUUGACCGCGUGAGGGAGGACAACCCAGACUUCCACCAGAAGAUAGUUCCUAUCAGCAGUGAGUUGACACAGCCUGCCCUGGCCAUCAGUCCUGAGGACGUAGAGAGACUGACCUCCUGCGUCAACAUCAUCUUCCACUGUGCUGCCACCAUCCGCUUCGACGAACCCCUCAAACACGCCCUGCAGCUGAAUGUGAUGGCCACGCAGCAGCUCCUGAAUCUGGCCCAGCAGAUGCACCACCUCCAGGCCUUCAUCCACAUCUCCACAGCCUACGCCAACUGCAACCGCAGGCACAUCGACGAGAUCAUCUACCCACCGCCUGUAGAACCCAAGAAGCUCAUUGACUCCCUGGAGUGGAUGGAGGACAGCAUUGUCUGUGACAUCACGCCACGCCUCAUCGGGGACCGCCCCAACACCUACACCUACACCAAAGCCCUGGCAGAGUGCGUGGUUCAGAAGGAGAGCAGCAAGCUCAGCAUCGGCAUCAUCAGACCCUCCAUAGUGGGAGCCAGCUGGCAGGAGCCUUUCCCUGGUUGGAUCGACAACUUCAAUGGACCAAGCGGAGUCUUCAUCGCUGCGGGGAAGGGCAUCCUGCGCACCAUGAGAGCCAACAAUGAUGCGGUGGCGGACCUCAUCCCUGUGGACGUGGUCAUCAACCUGACCCUGGCCGCUGGCUGGUACACAGCAGUGCACAGACCCAAAGCAGCGCUGGUUUACAACUGCACAACGGGCGGCAUCAACCCUUUCCACUGGGGAGAGAUCGAGCACCAUGUGAUGUCCAGCUUCAAGAGGAACCCUCUGGAGCAGGCUUUCAGAAGGCCCAACGCCAACAUCACCUCCAACUACCUGAUGAACCAGUAUUGGAUCCUGGUCAGCCACAAGUUCCCUGCCCUCAUCUACGACCUCUACCUGAGACUGUCUGGACAGAAGCCCCAGAUGAUGCGUAUCUUCAACCGGCUGCACAAGGCCAUCGGCCUGCUGGAGUACUUCAGCAGUCAGGACUGGGAGUGGAACUCAGAGAACAUGAACAUGCUGAUGAGCCACCUCAGCCCCGAGGACAGGAAGACAUUCAACUUUGACGUGCGUCAGCUGAACUGGCCAGAGUACAUAGAGAACUACUGCAUCGGCACCAAGAAGUACGUUCUGAAUGAAGACAUGUCCGACAUCCCUGCAGCCAGGCAACACCUCAGGAAGCUGAGGAACAUCCGCUACACAUUCAACACUCUACUGCUGGUCUUCAUCUGGAGGGUGUUCAUCGCCCGCUCUCAGAUGGCUAGGAACAUCUGGUACUUUGUGGUCAGCCUCUGCUUCAAGUUCCUCUCCUACUUCAGGGCCUCCAGCACACUCACCAACUGAUGACCAACUGACCGUUGACCAGCUGAACGCC